UUUUCUAGAAUGAGGAUUAGGAAAUUGCUGUUCCUGAUUGUUCUGCAAGGAAUCUGUAUAAGAGCAAGAUCUAGCAGAAGUGAAAACACCCAUAAUGUGCCAAAGUUUGGAAGACAAUUUCUCAGUAGAUACUCCCUACCAGAAUUAGGUGAAAGUGUGUGUACUGUUACGGAAGAAGUGGUUUCUUUGCAACAGAACUGCGUUGACUGUUUGAAAAAUGUCAGCAGUGUUCUACUUACUGAAGAGGGCAGCAGAAUGUACAUAGGAGCUAAAUCUUUGUUGCUUUCUGUGGACAUGGACAAAUGUGAAACAACUAGCACUUUACCGUGGAUGGGUGAAGCUAGCAGCAUGAACUGUGAAACACAGUGGGAGUGUGGAAACUUCAUCACCAGGAUCCUGGAUCUGGAGGGGACUAAUCUGGUGGCGUGUGGUACCAACUAUGGUAACCCAGAGGCUAUUGUCAUGAAACCUGGUUUAGUAAUGUUAGAGAAGAUAACAGAUCUACCCCGGAUCUGCUCCCAGUCCCCCUAUUGGAGCAGCACCUACCUCCAGAGUGACAGGAGUAUAUUUGUGGGAGUUAACGAGGACUCAGAAACAUCUGCUAUCACUAGAUUCGAUGUUAGCCAGUUCCUCCAGCUUAGUGCUGAUAGAGCAGUAACGACAAGUGAACUCUGGCUGAACAAAGCUAAGUUCGUCUCCUCGUUUGAACAUGGUGACUUUGUCUACUUUGUAAUGAGAGAACACAGUGAUGAUAAGUUCCGGGCUACGAUUGGUCGAGUCUGUAAAUCUGAUCCGGGAUACUCGGAUGAUCAGAGUGAAAUAGAGCGACUGUUCCUAUCCUUCACCAAGACCCACAUAACCUGUAAGAUGAGCGUAUCUCCACGACAAACCCUGGACUUCUCCGUCAUCAUCACUGCAACCUUCAACCCUACUACACAACAACUUUACGCAACCUUUACUCAGUAUCUUGAUGUAGACAUUGGAGGGUAUGCGGUAUGUGGGUUUAGUCUGGAGAGUAUAGACGCUAGCUUUGACGGGGAUUACCUGACCUUUAACGAGGCCGGACUUGAAGUCAGCGAACCUCUUGGUGAUAAAAUUAACUGUGUAGAUUACAGAACUCACCACGACGCUAGAAGUCUCUACACAACUAGUACCAUAGUCACUCAGACUACUCCCUUCCCCAUCUACUACGAGCUUAAGAAAUUUAUGACGGUGUUAUCUGAAACAGUAGGACAACACACAAUGCUCUAUGUCGGAACUAACACCGGAACAGUCGAGAAAGUUGUUAUUGCCCCGGAUAACAAACUUGUCCUAACUACUGAAUUCGUUAUUGCAGAACCCCAUGUACGAGUGAUGUCGAUGCAGUUUGCUAACUCCGGAAAUCGUGAUCUAGUGGUAUCCACAGAGAACUCAGUCUCCAAGUUUCCAGUGUCCAGAUGUAAGGCACAUCUCGAGUUGGACACUUGUAUAACGAUACAAGAUCCCCACUGUUGCUGGUGCCAGACCUCUCACUCUUGCUCUCAUAUAAAUGACUGUGAUCAAUGUGUAAACGACCCAGUUUCCGGGAGCGUACCGACAGCGUUUGGUCGACUAACCGACUAUAUCUGGGAGAAGGAGGGGCCUUGUGUGGCUGUUUGUGAUGAGUACGAGGAGGCCUGUAAUAGAGGAGAGAAAAUUAUCAAGUUCAUGCAGGUUUACCCUAAGAUAUUGGAGAUGAGAAGCGAAAGGGAGAACUGUACUUAUACUGGUGUUUGGAAGAGGACUGGGCCUAUCAGCGAUAAUGUUACUGAUGUUGAGAAUAUCACCACGAAAGAGGCCCGUUUCGGAACACUGUCCGACGAUGGUGGACUCUACAAGAUAUUGGCUCUGGUGUUCGGAUCUCUCUUCAUCGUUUCCAUUUUUAUAAUCGUUUUCCUUAUGUUCUACAAAGGUCGAAGUACAACUAAGAGUAAGAAUGAAUCUAAAAAGAGGAAAUCAUUCGCUGAUAGAACAAACUCUACUAAUAUCAUAUCCGAUAAGCCUAUAAGUUAUAUGACGAGUCCUAAAAAGAUUGACAACACCCCGAUGAUGCCAAUAAACAACAAUAUGAACAACAGCAUGAUAAUGCCACAAGAUCUGGACAAGUUAAACAACUCUCCCUACCGUAGUCACAUGACUCAAGAAGAUGAGAGGUUGUUACAGGUUAACAUAGCCUCCAGAGAUCCUACCGAGAAUAUGUACAGCGAUGUCCACGGGGCACAGACAUUGCCAAGGAAUUUUGGCAACAACCCAUCAGUGGACAGGAGAAAUCCCAACUUACCAAAUUAUAGUAUGACGCUUCAGCGUCAAAACAACCAAAAUAGAUUCAACUAUAACAACCCACCACAGCAGGAGUAUCCAAGGUUUGCACCUAACAUACUAUCCUGAAUCAGCAACCAUCCCGCCUAACGGCCCAUCAGAACGUUCCAGAUUUACUAAUUUAAGUUUGAGAAAUGUAUGCAAGACAGAAUGUCGCAAAUUCGAGCUGAAAAGUGUCGUGUGUUUCGAAGUUUUAAGGUGAAAGAAAUCAAUGUCUUCGUCCUCAAGCGAUCGUAUCGCAAGGAACGUAAAUCGAAGACAAGAGACUGAUUAAAUAAACUUUGUUGUAACAUUUGUAAAUAAUUAUUCUAUUUCACGGAAAAUAUUAUAUCUGCUAGAUUUGUUAUUUUUAUGCUAUUUUGAAGACAGCUACUAUACCACAUAGGUUUGAAUGGUGUGAUUGAAGAGCGUUAUUUUUCUGUGCUAUCGUGUUUUUACUAACUUAUGACGCAGUAGUCAUAUAUAUUUUUGUAUCCAUAAAUGUUUUUUGUUACAUAAUCGUUGACGGUUUAGGUUUAUGUAAUAUGUAACUUUAUUUCUCGGGGUAGUGCCGAUUUAAGAAUUUACCGGUUUUAAUGUCACAACGGAGGUUUGAUACUUCAGCGUGGUUUGAUGUUGUAUGAUAAGAAAUAUCUGCUCGAAGAACUUUCAUGGUAAACUUAAUCUUUAAUUUGAUGUAGGUUUUCCCAGUGUGGUUGGUUAUCCGAACUCGUAACUUUCUUUGUAUUUGUUAAUUCUUUACCGUUGACCCCAACUGGAGGUCCUUAAUAUCCUUUUGUAGAUUCCCUUACUAGGCUAAUAUCAUUUAGGUGUUAAAGAGUCUUGAAAUCGAUUUAAACUUCUGUCAAAAGUAUGGGCCUGACGAGUGACGGGUAACAAGAUGAAAAGCUGGUCGAAAAACUGGCUUAGUAACUGCAAUAUCCUAGAUCUAAUUCACAAUUCUAAUCCAGAGCCAUACCCAUAGGCAGUUCAAUAGUAUGAAUCGAUUUCGAAGACAACAAUUAAAGUAAAUCUGAUAAUCUUGGUACGGUUUGUGGAAUUGAUAUUGUGAUUGAACUACAAAUUUUUACUGCUAUUUAAACGCAA